AUGGCUUCUAAUCCAUCUGGUGCAAAAUUGUCUCGAGAAAUGUUGGAAAAUCAAAUAAGAGCCUUGAGGGUGGAUAAUGCAAUACUUCGGCGACAAGUUCUCGAAGCAAAGUCACAUGCGGACGCACAAGAAAGGCAUUUAAUCCAUUUACGGCAUCGAAGCCAACAGCGUCGAAAAAAUAAAGAACAACUUGUGUCUGCGCGUGAUUGGGUGAAAAUUGCUCAAUAUGUCACAGGUGUUCUCACACUUAUCCUUGGAGUUUAUGCAGGUGUACCUGAUUUCAUUAACUCGUCCACGUUUGAUAAUUUUCCAAAAAUGUUUCGAUAUUAUUUUGUUUGGAAAGUUAACGAGAAGUUAUGUGGUCUCAUUGUUGGCUGUGUGGGAUUUUUAAUAUCCAUACCUGCUCAAAGGACUUUUCCAGCUCCAAUACGUGUGUUCCGUUUCCUGCAAACUUCGAGCUGGAAACGGUCAGGAACUGAUCGGAUAUUUCCUGUGCAAUUCCGGCUGGAAUCGGCGAAAAUUGUGCCGGAAUCGAGAAGAGCUGUACCGGAACCUACUAAGAUUCCAACGGAUCCAGUCGCCGGAAUGAUCGACCUGGGUACGAGUCAUGUAUAUAUGUAA